AUGAAACAUUUUCUUGUUUCUCUGUGUCUGUUCAGAACAUUUCUACAUGCCUUCACUCAACGUGCUGUCUCAGCCUCAGAGUUUCAGCUGGAAGGAGAUUAUUUGAUAGGUGGACUUUUUGACAUCCAUUAUGACAGCAGACAAACAUAUCAUGAAAGACCAGAAGUCAUGGACUGCUCCACUAAACUACUCACAAUUGCAAGUUAUCAGAGGUUUCAGUUGAUGAGAUUUUCUGUUGAGGAAAUCAAUAACUCUACCAAUUUAUUGCCAAAUGUAACUCUUGGCUAUGAAAUAUUUGAUCACUGUUCAGAUAUGCAGAAUUUUCCAAGUAUUUUUAAAUUAAUCUCAAUUAAUGGCUCAGUCCAACCUUGGGCUCAAACACAAAAACCUCUGUCUAAAGUAAUAUCAGUGGUUGGUCCUUUCGCAAGCACUCAGUCCCUGACCGCAGCCCCACUAUUCAUGCCAGAUCUUGUUCCUAUGAUCGGUUACGCAGCUGCUAGUUCUGUGUUUUCAAACAAGGCAAAAUACCCAUCGUUCAUGCGUACAGUGCCUUCCAAUAAAAGCAUGAUCGACGUGAUUGUUAAAAUUUUGCUAAACUUCAAGUGGCGCUGGGUUGCUUUCAUUAACAGUGAUGAUGAUUAUGGCACCGAUGGUCUGAAUCUGUUCAUUAAGAGGAUUAAGGAUUCUGAGAUCUGCCUAGCAUACACCAAGACCCUCAGUGACAACCCCGAUUACUCUCAAAUGUUUAAACAAAUAGAGGCACAGCAGAUACGUGUCAUAAUCGUUUUUGCUCCCCAAAAAACAGCUGAAAAGUUCUUUCAAUCAGCAAUACGACUGAAUAUCACAAACAAGGUGUGGAUAGGAGGACGCUCAUGGGCCUCAGACAAGGAGCUCCCCAAAAUACAAGGAAUCAAAAACAUUGGAACCAUACUUGGGGUAUCUAUCCCAGUAGUGACAAUACCUGGUUUCAGUGAUUUUAUAUAUUCUUCCAAAGUCCAGACUCAUUGUGAAAAUGCAGAGCAAGACAUAUUUUGUAAUCAGAAAUGUAACUGCACCUGCCCGAAACCUGAGGAAAUCCUUGCUGCGGACCCAUCAUUGACUUUGCCAGUUUAUUCUGCCAUAUAUGCCAUUGCUCAUGCCUUACACAAUACCUUACAAUGUGGAGCUGGCAAAUGUAAUAACAAUAUCACAGUGUAUCCACACAUGGUUCUGGCAGAGCUGAAAAAUUCAGAUUUUAUACUUUUAAACCAAAAUAUUCAGUUUGAUGACAACGGAGAUACAAAGUGUGGAUAUUUUACUAUAGUUUUCUGGAAUAACAGUGGUGAUGCACAGGAGGUCGGAUUUUAUCAGUUUAAUACAACAGUCCAGUUCUCCAUAGAUAACAGCAAAAUUAAGUGGCACACCAAUGGAGAAGCGCCGACUUCCUUCUGUUCCCCAGAAUGUUCUGUAGGAUAUAUAAGAAAGUCAAAUGGAAUCCAUAAAUGCUGCUUCACCUGUGAAAUCUGUCCAAAUGGAACUUACAUCAACAUUACAGAGAACACCUGCAUCAAGUGUAAGGACACCGAAUGGUCUGAAGAAGGAAGUACAUCAUGCAGUCUGCGAGCUGUGGAGUACAUGCCAGUUACAGACAUCGUGGCUAUACUGGUCUUCAUAGCAGCCGUUGCCUUUGUGGCCAUGACAUUAGCCAUGUCUGUUCUCUUUUCCAUCAACUACGACACACCUGUCGUCAGAUCUGCUGGAGGACCAAUGUGCUUCUUAAUUUUAGGCUGUCUCAGUCUGUCUAGUCUUAGUGUAUUCUUUCAUUUUGGUAAGCCCACAGUUUAUCUCUGUAUCUUGAGGUAUUUACCAUUUCUCUUAUUCUACACUGUUUGUCUGUCAUGUUUUGUUGUGCGCUCUUUUCAGAUUGUUUGCAUUUUCAAAAUAGCAGCCAAGGUGCCCAAGCUCCACAGCUGGUGGAUAAAAUAUCAUGGACAAUGGCUGGUCAUUACUGUUGUGUUUGUCACUCAAGCAGUUUUCCUUGUUAUUGGAUAUUCUUGUGAACCUCCCAGCCCCUAUAAUGAAACAUCAUGGUACCCCGACAAAAUCAUACUUAGCUGUGACAUCAGCCUCAGAGCAGCUACAGCUCCUGUAGUUUUACUUUCAUCAAUAUCCAUUCUUUGCUUCAUUUUCUCCUACAUGGGCAAAAACCUCCCUAAAAACUACAAUGAGGCCAAAGCAAUAACCUUCUGCCUCCUCCUGCUGAUCCUCACUUGGAUCAUUUUCACCACAGAGAACAUGCUUUACCAUGGAAAGUACAUGCAGCCUCUUAGUGCUCUGGCAGUACUCUCCAGCCUCUACUCCUUUCUGUUGUGGUAUUUCCUCCCAAAAUGUUACAUCAUUAUUUUUCAGCCCCACAAAAACACACAGCAGUACUUCCAAGGUCUCAUUCAAAAUUAUACCAAAACAAUUAGCCAGUAGCUGCCUUCAGGAAAUGUAUCAGUCACUAUAGAUGGAGAAGUGAUCUUUUUACAGGUGCUGUAACCUUCCUCUAACAGG